UCUCAAAAGUACUAUCUAAUGAUAAUCUGUUUCUUCGGGAAGAAGUUGAGUAUCAUCCCAGAAAAUAGUGACAAACUUGUGAAAUGGUUUUUCACUUUGCUUUCGCAUGAAGCAUUUUGUAAACAAUGUUCACAGAAAUAUCCGAUGACUCGUCAAAACAUCAGCUGUCCAGGCUUAGAGUUGGGACAUUUGAAAAUGAAGUUUCACUUGGUUUCAAGUGCACUCAGAAGGACUGUUGGGUGCAUUCUUUAUAAGGAGGGUACUCGAAGGCCUGGUUUAAGUUUGAAAGUAUGCUGCCAAUAGAGCUGAGAGCACACUUUGUAUAGGAUACGAAGUUGACUUGCGCAUCAUCAGCUUCUCAGGCUUUUUUGUUUUUCAGUGAAGUGAACACAGAUACCCUACAUAAGCUUGGCUUGUUGUUGGUUGGGUAGCUUUGGUGAUGGUACUUUGAAAGUCUUACGUGUUGAGUGGCAAGCCUCGUUGGAAACAAAAACAACCAAGUGAACCUAUCUUCCACGUACCGAAAUGUUGUUUUAUUAUAAAAGCAGUUGGAAAAUAAGGUUCUUCCUAUUGGCUUUGAAUUGCUGGAGAGAUACUUUAUCUUUGUGGAACAUAACAACAAGGAAUCUACACUGAAUUUCAUACAGCCACCAACCGGAAAUGACAUAAAUUCCCAUAGCUUUCCAUAAAGUACUCGUUAGAAUUUUGAUAUUCGAAGGAUAUAGCAACAGACGAUUGGUAUUAUCCAGUACCUCAGUAACAUAAGUGUGCCAAGUAGUAAAUAUACGUCUAUUCUUCAUUUCCGUAUCGACAUUGAAAGUCGCUCGGGAUAGUUGCAUUGUAAUAAGGAAUAAAGUUUAGCUUCAAUUA